AUGAUCCGAGCCCGCUGGUUACCUGUGCAUCAAUCACCUGUCCAAAUUAUUGCUAUCUAUAUUUUGAUGUGGAACUCCGUUACUACAGUAACGACAGCAACAACCACUUCGUUGACUACAGUUAACACAGUAACCACUUCCACAACAUCUUCGAAACCAACUGGAACUGUUUCCGUUUCGACAAUAACUGAGACUGUCAUUGUUUCAGCAACUUCCACGGUCUCCGCAAUUUUAUCCAAAGCAUCAGAAAAUGUUCCUCCAGCAAGCAACUCACCUGAGCCAGUGUCAACGUCAUCCAUCAUUCUGCUUGUGGUUGUUAAUGUGGUCAUCCUUGGUGGUGCCACUUUCAUUGUAGCCUGCGUCCUACUGAAGACCAGGAACAAUCGGGCUUAG